AAUCUGGCUCUUCUGGCAUCAUCCCUUCCUAUUAAGGGAAAUACCUAUUUCUACUCCCCAUACACACACAUGCACAUGAUUCAAGAACUUGAAGAAGGAAGGUAUGCAUUUUAAAUUUUAUUUUUUGAGAUAAUUUACUAAACAUGGGUAUUUACAUGUAGAUAAUGAUAAUUCAGUUGAUAGUAUGGGGUAUUGAUAAAGGGUACCUUUAAGGUAUUAUUUCUAAGACAUUUUCAUUAUUAAUAUAGAUGUUGGACUAAAACUUGCUUGUAAAAUAUAUAUUAAUAUAAAAAUGGGGCUGAAACAGAUAAUGGUAGAAGGCAAGAUACAAGACCUUCAGUGCUAGGAGCAGAGUUCUUUAUCAUGGUGGAAAAUUGGAGCCUCAUGAAAGCUUUGUGACUUAGGAAAUUGAUACAGGAAUUUUAAGAUGUUUACUUUAAGAUUACCUAGAUAGUAUAUUGCUUAUCUAGAUCCCUGGCUUUAAAUCCUAUACUUUUUCUAGUACUCCAAGAUUCUUGCUCAAGGUAGAACAUUUAUAGGAAAAAAAAUUAAGUACAAGAAUUUGGAUUAGUGUCGAUAUAAGAUUAUAAGUCAAUAACAUACCUAUGUAGCUUGAAAAGGAAAUACAAUGCUAAUGUGUAUAAGUAGAAACAGAGAAUAUAGCAAUCUUGUUGUAAUCUUCUUCUAAUUAUACAUUUUGACUAGAUCUUAAUUGGCUAGAUCUUAGGUUAGUUUACUUACUUUUGUGUUCCAUAACCUAAAAUAGACAUGAAUACUAGAAAAAUGAUAAAAUAAAGAGAUAACAAGACACAAAAUCAACUUAAGUGAUUGGAAAAAGAACCUCAAAGAAAAGUGGAAAGAACCAAGAUUAUCCUGUCUAGGGAAGAAAAACUAAGAGGCAGUUUUCUAAUGAUAUAUAUAUACAUAUAUAUAUCUCCUUGAAGGACUCACAGAGAAUAACGAAAUGUUCCAUUCUAAAGAAGAUGAAAGAGAAAGAAGCAAGAAUAGUAAUAUUUUUAGUUGAAAGGAAGAUACUCUAUAAUUUUAAGGAUGAAUGAAAAUGUAAAUUAAUUUUUGAAACUAGAUUUCUAAAUAUGAUCAAAGGUGAAGAUAAUAUUUUCCCAAAUAGUCAGUAGACUUUGUUCACUUAUCCAUCCUGAAUGACAAACUACCCUGAAACUUAGUUGCAUAAAACAGUACUUCAUAGUCAUUUUAUAAUAAUAAUAUCAUACUCAUUUUUUGUGCUCUUGGAUUCUGUAGGUCAGGAAUUAGGAAAGGGCACAGCAGGGAUGAUUUGUCUCUGCUUCACUAUGUCUGGUGUCUCAGCUGGAGAUAACUCAAAUGACUGGGGGCUACAAUCAUCUGGAAACUUCUUCACUCAUAUGUCUGGUGCCUGAGCAGCAGAUGAGGACUCAGGAACAGGGACCUCUGAGUGGGCUGGGUGCUCAGGUGGCUGGGUCCAUAGGGCCUGGGGCUCCUGAGAACUGUGACUGGAACCAUGGAGGGGCGUGGCCAUUGUGGUGGGUAGGCUUCGAGGAGAUGGUCUGAGAAGGCUCUGAGGGCUGACUGGAGUGCCCACAUGUAGCUUCUGUAUGUGACCUGGACUUCUUCACAGCGGGGUGGCUUCGGGCUGGUAGGACUUUUUAUGUGGUAGUUCACAGCUCUAAGUACAAGUAUUCCUCAAACAAGGUGGAAGCUGCAUGGCUUUUUAAGACCUACCUUCAGAAGUCACAUACCACCACUUCAUCCAGAAUCUACUGGUUAAAGCAAUCGCAAGCUUGUUGCAUUGAAAGUUUGUCUCCCAGUCUAACUGCCAGCAGUUCCUGAACACUGUUUGGUUUGGGCAGAUGUCAGGUUACCGGCGUAAGCCCACCUGUAAGAAGAUAAUGACUGUUUUGACAGUUGGCAUCUUUUGGCCAGUUUUGUCACUUUGUUAUUUGAUAGCUCCCAAAUCUCAGUUUGGCAGAAUCAUUCACACACCUUUUAUGAAAUUUAUUAUUCAUGGAGCAUCAUAUUUCACAUUCCUGCUGUUGCUAAACCUAUACUCUCUUGUCUACAAUGAGGAUAAGAAAAACACAAUGGGACCAGCCCUUGAAAGAAUAGACUAUCUUCUUAUACUUUGGAUUAUUGGGAUGAUUUGGUCAGACAUUAAAAGGCUCUGGUAUGAAGGGUUGGAAGACUUUUUAGAAGAAUCUCGUAAUCAACUCAGUUUUGUCAUGAAUUCACUUUAUUUGGCAACCUUUGCCCUCAAAGUGGUUGCGCACAACAAGUUUCAUGAUUUUGCUGAUCGGAAGGACUGGGAUGCGUUCCAUCCUACACUGGUGGCAGAAGGGCUUUUUGCAUUUGCGAAUGUUCUGAGUUAUCUUCGUCUCUUUUUUAUGUAUACAACAAGCUCUAUCUUGGGUCCAUUACAGAUAUCAAUGGGACAGAUGUUACAAGAUUUUGGAAAAUUUCUUGGGAUGUUCCUUCUUGUUUUGUUUUCUUUCACAAUUGGACUGACACAACUGUAUGAUAAAGGCUAUACUCCAAAAGAACAAAAGGACUGUGUAGGCAUCUUCUGUGAACAGCAAAGCAAUGAUACCUUCCAUUCGUUCAUUGGCACCUGCUUUGCUUUGUUCUGGUACAUUUUUUCCUUAGCACAUGUUGCAAUCUUUGUCACAAGAUUUAGCUACGGAGAAGAACUGCAGUCCUUUGUCGGAGCUGUCAUUGUUGGGACGUACAAUGUCGUGGUCGUGAUUGUGCUUACCAAGCUGCUGGUGGCAAUGCUUCAUAAAAGCUUUCAGUUGAUUGCAAAUCAUGAAGACAAAGAAUGGAAGUUUGCUCGAGCAAAGUUGUGGCUUAGCUACUUUGAUGACAAAUGUACAUUACCCCCACCUUUCAACAUCAUUCCUUCACCAAAGACUAUCUGCUAUCUGAUUAGUAGCCUCAGUAAAUGGAUUUGCUCACAUACAUCAAAAGGCAAGGUUAAACGGCAGAACAGUUUAAAGGAAUGGAGAAAUUUGAAACAAAAGAGAGAUGAAAACUACCAAAAAGUGAUGUGCUGCUUGGUGCACCGUUACCUGACUUCCAUGAGACAGAAGAUGCAAAGUACGGAUCAGGCAACUGUGGAAAAUCUGAAUGAAUUGCGCCAAGAUCUGUCCAAAUUCCGAAAUGAAAUAAGGGAUUUACUUGGCUUUCGGACUUCUAAAUAUGCUAUGUUUUAUCCAAGAAAUUAACCAUUUUCUAAAUUAUGUAGAGAGUAGUUUUCAAUAAUAAAUCUGAAAGACUGCAUUUGCAUAACUUACUAUUAAAUUAAUAAGGUAUAUAUUGAAAUACAGAAUUGUGUAAAAGCCAUUCUUUAAAAUAUUUGUAGCAUAAAUAUAUGUUAUGUAAAAUAUGUAAUAUGGGAUUAGUUUUUUAAAACCCUCUAUUAGUGGCUUUUUGUGGGAGCAAAACAGUUGAAAUAGAUUUUGUUAGCGUGCUGCUUGGUUUUCUUGUUUGAACAGUGCUUUAACAUUUUUUCUUUUUAUGUUUAAGAAGGGCAGUUAUAAUUGUACACAUUGCCAGAAGGUUUUGUAAAAUGAAGAUCGGCAAAUGUGGGCUGAUCUCCAUCCAUAGGAUACAUUUGAAAUAUGAAAGUCAUGAUUUUUAAAAUCUCUGUUUUAAGAGUUCACAUAUAGUUCAGUAUUUAUUGUUUAGAAGUAUAGUUUUAUCUAAAAUAAUAGUCUAUUUGUUCUUUUUUUAUUUUGUUAUAAUCUUAAGUAACAAAAAAAAACCCUAAUGAAUAUUUGAAUCUACUUAUGUCUAUAAAUUUAAAUUCACUUCAGUUUUUGUUUUGUAAUAUAUUUACUUUUACAUGGUUGUAAUCACUUUAUAUUUUUAAUUUUGCUUUUUUCACUUAAUAGUAUUUUAUAUAUACAUUUUCAUGUAUUGAUAUAGUCAUGUAUUUAAAUUUUUAUAAAAUUAUACAGUUUCUGAAAAAUAUAGUUGGUCGACUUUUCAUUUUGUGGCCAUAGAGCGCUUGAUUAUAUUUAUUGGUUUGCACAGGUACUUCUCUAAGGUUAGGCGUUCAGUCGCUUUUAAUUUUUUCUUGUCAUAAUAGUGCUAUAAUUUUUUUUCACGUUGGAGUGAAUGGUCACAGUUACAAAGCUAACCCAGAACAAGGAUUUAGAGGAUACUUCUUUAUCCUGUAUGGUCAUAGCCUGUUUUAUUUUUGUAAACAUUGGAAGACUCUUUAAUGCAAGGAUUUGUUUUAUAUUUAGACUAAGGUUCUUGAGCUUAUCUCCCAAAGUAUUUUCCACAGAAUUUAACUUAGCUUCUGUAAAAGUGUCUUCAUGCUGAUUUCUGGAUCAUUCUUGCUGCUUAAGAUGAAAAGCAUUGUUGUUUUUAAUUGGAGAAUAAAAUAUGUAUUUAAAUUUUUUUUCCUGUGUUCAUGUAAGAGAUGUAGUUAAAAAUUUUUCACAGGCCAUUGCUUAUAUAUUCUGUAGUACUUCCAGUUAAGAGGUUUUAGGUAUAUAAUUAUCUUCUUAACUGAAUGUCAGGUGGUCUUACGGCCACAGGGUGCAGGUAGCCCUUGGUCUGUAAGCACCACCGAUCCAGGGCUCACAUGUUAGUAUUGGGUUUCAUGUUGCUUUUUACUUUUUAUUUUUUAAUUUCCAAAUUGUAAGUGUUCCCUCUUUGGGGCAAAUUCUUAUAAAAAUGUUUAUUGUAAAAUUAUAUAUUUUGUCUACAAUGGGAUUAUGCACUUCCCAAUUGGGAUUUUACAUCAGGAUUUUUAGUCAUUCUAAAAAAUACCUAAUUAUUAAAUCGAAAUAUUUAUAGAGUGCCUACUGUAUGCAUGAGUCACUUAUGAAGUAUAUUUUGAAUGACAGCAUAUUGUAAUAAAAAAGGUGAAUAAAACUUGACAUUAGAG